GUGGACUCUGAUAGCAGGGAUAACCAAGAGGUGAUAACCAAUAAAGGUUGUAAAAAAGAAAACCAGUAAAACCAAAAAGUGAAACUUAAGGAGGGAAGUAUGAAGGGACACCUUUUGCUGGCUUUUAACCUUCUGAUUUUGGGGAGCCUUUGGACUACUUUCUUCUGGUAUACAUGCAACACAAAUUCAGAGAAACCUCGCCACACCCUAAAGAAAAACAAAGAUUGUAGCCACUGCAGGGAGAUAAAAAGUCUCUCCAUAGAUGUUUGCUCUAAAGCUUCACAAACAGAGGAGGUCACUGAUGUAACAUCAGGUAAAGACCAACCUCAGAAAGUGGCUGACAAGAAAGAAGCUUCUAAGCCAUGUAAAGACUGCAGGAAGCAAAUCAAGGACAUUUUAGAGCCUUACUCUCAAGCCUGGGCGAGGAAGGAGGAAAAGCAUGAGGAAAUAAGGACUUUGCUUAAACUCAAGGUCAGUGGUUAUAAAAGUGCCAUUAUUACUCAGGAAAACACUCCGGUGGGAUCCAAGCUUGUUAUGGAUGGACAGAAAAAGAGGAGUAUUGAAGUGAACACUGAGCAUUUUGAAACAUUUUUAAAGGAGAAUCCUUUUGCAAAUAAAACAUAUGACAGCUGUGCUGUCGUUGGGAAUGGUGGGAUCCUUGCAAACAGCAGCUGUGGAAAGAAGAUAGAUUCAGCUGAUUUUGUUAUCCGGUGCAACCUAGCUCCUCUGAUAGAUAAAUACAUCGAACAUGUUGGUAUGAAGACAAACCUGGUGUCGGCAAACCCAAGCAUCUUUUAUGAAAGGUAUGGAUCUCUUACAGGACCCAGACGGAAGUUUAUGGAGAAACUGUGCCAAUAUGGCGACUCCAUGCUUCUCCUCCCUACCUUCUCUUACACUGGAAAUAUUGCUGUCUGUUUGCGGGCUUACCAAACAAUUCAGGACUUUGAAAGCCCCAUCCAACCUAUCUACUUUAGUCCAGCGUACUUAAAAGAUCUUGACACCUUUUGGCGCUCUCAAGGAUGGAAAGCUGUACGGCUCAGUACUGGCAUGAUCCUCACGAGCAUGGCGCUGGAACUCUGUGACAACGUCCACCUGUACGGCUUCUGGCCCUUCAGUCUUCACCCAUAUACAUUUAAGGAGCUGACUAACCACUAUUACGAUGACAAAAAACCAAAGGGGGGAUUUCAUGCCAUGCCAGAGGAGUUUAAGCUCUUAUUGCAGCUGCACAGCAAAGGUGUACUUAAGCUGCACCUUGGAGACUGUGAACCCAACAAAGAUUAGUCCAAUAGAAAGCCGUUCUUUCAAAUAGAAAGAACUUACCACUAAAUCAGCAUUUUUUUAUAUUUAUUUAAUUUUUAAUUUUUUUCUUUUUUUUUUUUUUUGCUGAUUAACUCUAUGGAUAGUUUUUCUUCAGUGAUAUUAACAUGUCCCAGGCAUUAUUGCAUCGAUUUACUCCUUAAUUGUUGAAAUUCCACUUUUGUGUCUAUAACUGCCUAAUUGGUGCCCUCCUCAGGUUAUGAUGGGUUACUACAUUAGAUUAGAUCUGAUGUGCUCUCUUCAUCCUGUGACAUUGGAAUUGGCUCGGACGGGGCCACCUUUUACAGCUAUUUUUUCUGUCUCUGCUUCUCUCUCUUUGAACCCCAGUCAGCAGCUCACACUGAGCCUGGUUCUG